GGAGUCUUCAGAAAGUGCACCUCGAGAUUCUGUGCGACAUGUGCUGACGCAAGCAGUCGAUGGACGAAUACAUUUCCCUCCCCCAUCGCCCGCAGGUCCAGCCUUUCAGUCAGAAAUAGAAGCCUCCAAAUCCGAUCGGUCUCGUCGCACCCUCCAUCGCGAGCUUCGCAAAUCCAGUAGCAUUAGAAUAAAUUGCGGGGAGCUUGAAAUUGUGGAAGUCUCGAGUGGACUUUCGGUUGUUGCCUCGGUGACAUGCGUGCGUCAGCAGACGCACUAUCCUGAGCCCAACAUGUUCUGAUUCUCGACCUCCCGGCCCCAGCCGAACGAAGGUGCAUGCACAUUCUGCUGCGCUCCGUCCAGAAGAUGGACCGGCCAAAAGUGGUCGACGAAAGACUCUCCUCCCCGCUCUUCGGAUCCUGCGAGUCCUGCUUCCAGUCCCGGACCUACCAAUCGACCGAUCCGUCUUCCGGAAAGUCAGGGCCUAUCGGGAACGCCCCAGAUAUGGAAUCCGCAGAUUCAUGAAUAUGGGCCGGAAGCAAUUUUUCUUUCUCCCAGGACUCGGGAAACUCGCGAGGCAAGACCGCCAUGGACGUCCCGCGGCCGGAAGGAAGGAAGGGAGCAACCGAGGCUGUUGCCCGCUCUGUUUAUCGGCUUACGGACUUCCAUGAUUAAAAUGACGACAAAAUGUCGCUGUUUGGAGCUCGGAGAGUAAUAGGGCCGUGUCAGUGGGGCGGGGGAUUUUUUAGAAGUGGACAAACAGUGCAGCUGCGAAGGCUCCCGAGCUCUUUCUUCCUUCUUGCAGGCCAAUGAUUGGGAGGACACGGUGGAACGAAGCUCCGCGGGAAGGGGAGAGUAUGAAUUUAUUGGAACCUAAAGUUACGAAAGCAACGAUGGAUUGGCUGGCAAACUUUGUGGGCAGGGGCGAAUAUGUCGCAGGAACCCACCCCGGAAGCACUACAGGGUUUCCGAAUUUAGUGGCCGCGCUUUCACUAAUCAGCAUCUCCCGUGAAGAGAUGGCUUACAGUGCACAUGAGUAGAGUUGACUAGACGGGCUCACGACUGCAUCAUAAGCAGGUUCUCGAGGUCUGUCUCGGUAGGUGCCUGAGAACAGUCCUCGACAUUUCAAUGCAACACUUGACGCCUGUGCUCUGUCGGGUCCCGGGUCAAAUAGGUCGUUCGAUCACCUGCAGAUCUGUAUAUUCAGCCGUUUCUUUUGUACCGACGACACAAAUCGAUCGGAGUUCUGUUGGUGUGAGUGAAAUCGGAUCCGCAGACUUCAAGACUAAGGCCUUUUCUCAGAGAUCUCGUUCAGGAGGCGUCGUUGUAAGGUUGGAUACGAGGGUUAGAGCGAUGGCUACCGAAGCAGGAAUCGAUUCCCCGGUUUUGACCAAGCCACGCAAAGUCGUCAGAACAUUGCUGUCCAAGGAGCAACCGGAAGGCGAUGGCGCUACUGUGAGAAGGAGUAUUGGCAGGCCUGAAAUGAAACAAUUGGACCCCUUUCUACUUCUGGAUCACUUUUCAGUGUCUCCCCCUGCUGGAUUCCCUGAUCAUCCUCAUCGUGGAUUCGAAACAGUCACGUACAUGCUCGAGGGAGUGAGCACUCAUCAGGACUUCGCUGGGCACAAAGGAAUCAUUGGACCUGGUGAUCUUCAGUGGAUGACGGCUGGACGAGGAAUCGUACACUGUGAAAUGCCAGGCGGUAAGACUCCGUCAGUCGGGCUGCAGCUUUGGGUUAACCUCGCUGCAAAAGAUAAGAUGGUGGAUCCAAAGUACCAGGAACUCGUAGACAAGGACGUCCCAAAGGUGGAAAAAGACGGUAUCAAGGUAUCAGUGAUUGCUGGCGAGUCUUUUGGUGUAAAAUCUCCAGUUUACACUAGAACACCUACUAUGUAUUUGGACUUCACGAUGCAGCCAGGCACCGUCCUUCACCAAGCUGUUCCCGAAGGAUGGAAUGCUUUUAUAUACAUUCUGCAAGGCAAACUGAUAAUUGGUUCAGAAGAUGCAUCUCCUGUUGAUUCAUUUCACACUGUACAGCUGGGACCUGGUGAUGGGCUGAAUGUGUGGAACAGAGCAGAUACGGUUGCUCGCUUUGUUCUGAUAGGUGGUCAGCCUCUGAACGAGCCAGUUGUCCAACAUGGACCAUUUGUGAUGAACACCAAGGAGGAGAUUAUGCAGACUAUUAGGGACUACCAGUUUGGAAGAAACGGAUUUGAGAGGGCUAGAGGAUGGCAGUCAGACGCCGUGCAGGUUUAGCCUUCUUCAUUACUUACAGAAAAACCAAAUUCAUGUUUUGAUUUCGUUAGAAGCGUCCUCCGUCAUAUGGAUUUCUCACCUGAACUGGAUAAGUGGAUGCUCGAACGGGAUGACUUCAUUGUAAAUCAACAUCAUUAUACCUGUAAGGUAUUUGUAAAAUAUUGAUUCUUUGAG